GAGAGAGAGGGAGAGCAAGCGAGAGAAAGCGUGCAAUAGAGGGAGACCGUACCCACUGUAGCAUCAGUGUGUGACAGCUGGUGCCUGAUAACACUGAUAUUGAGCUCCUUCAGUGGAGAACUUGCUGAGCUACCCUUUUUUCAUUUGCAAGAGGAUGCCAGCUCUAAGCCAGUGCAACUGAUGACAGACUGGAUCUUGGAAUAGUUCGUUUCACUUACAAUUACAUCUCUCAUGUUCGGCUUCUCUGAAGAAAGGCUUAUUACGGAAGACAAAAAUUCAUUCUCUCCCCUUACCUCACAUAUUAUUGAUGAUAUACAGAGUUUGAUCUUCCAGUGAAAGCUACUGAAUUAUCAGGAUUUUGGUGUCUUCAGUGGAGGCUUGCAAGACUGUUCAGUGGAAAACAUAUUUCUAAGGCCUUGGCUAGUCGUCAAGCUACAAAACAAAUUCAAGACAAGAAGACAAAAAGGCAGCUGAAGUAGUAAUUCUCCUGAAGAAUUAAGACACCGGUGUCUUUGAGCAGCUAAGGAGGCAGUAGGUUUGAUUUGGCAAACCACUUGGAAAAGGAGGAGUGGAGAAGUGCCCUGCAACCAUUGAACAAUAGAAAAUGGUCGGCCGUGGAACUCUAUUGUGAAGACCUCAGAAGAAAUAUCAAUUUUUCCAGUCAGCUUUUCAUAAUGUAAAUAUAAUUUGAGCUUUCCCAAAUGGGCAGCUAAACCAUGAACAAGCAGAAAAACCUAAUUUGGACUGUAUUUCUGAAGCAGACUUCACCUUCACUCUCGGGAACUUAUUGAAGGAUUACAGCUGAAAAGGACAAGAGAAAGAAAACCUUGAACAGGAAUCUUAUCCUACAAUGAGAAUUACAAGUACAUCUUGUAUCUGCCCAGUCCUAGUUUGUCUCUGUUUUGUACAAAGAUGUUAUGGAGCUGCUCACCAUGGCUCCAUCAAGGUGACCAGGAAUCAAACCAAACACAUAGAAGGCGAAACAGAAGUGCAUCAUCGUCCAAAGCGUGGAUGGGUGUGGAAUCAGUUCUUUGUUUUAGAAGAACACAUGGGACCAGAUCCUCAGUAUGUAGGAAAGCUGCACUCCAAUUCCGACAAAGGUGAUGGAUCAGUCAAAUACAUUCUUACUGGAGAAGGGGCAGGGACUAUAUUUAUUAUUGAUGACACAACUGGAGACAUCCAUUCAACCAAAAGCUUAGAUCGAGAGCAGAAGACACACUACGUGCUUCAUGCCCAAGCUAUUGACAGACGGACAAACAAGCCACUCGAGCCCGAAUCUGAGUUCAUUAUCAAAGUGCAGGAUAUCAACGACAAUGCACCAAAAUUUACAGAUGGACCAUACAUUGUUACUGUGCCAGAGAUGUCUGAAAUGGGUACGUCUGUUCUACAGGUGACAGCCACAGAUGCAGAUGACCCCACAUAUGGAAACAGUGCCAGAGUAGUGUACAGUAUUCUUCAGGGACAGCCAUAUUUCUCUGUUGACCCCAAAACAGGAGUCAUCAGGACUGCCUUGCACAAUAUGGACAGGGAAGCCAGAGAGCAUUAUUCCGUUGUCAUUCAAGCCAAAGAUAUGGCUGGGCAGGUCGGAGGGCUGUCAGGGUCAACAACUGUAAAUAUCACACUCACAGAUGUCAACGACAAUCCACCCAGGUUUCCUCAGAAACAUUAUCAACUGUAUGUUCCUGAGUCGGCUCAAGUUGGAUCGGCAGUUGGCAAAAUCAAAGCAAAUGAUGCAGACACUGGUUCAAAUGCAGACAUGAAGUACACGAUCAUAAAUGGUGAUGGCGCUGGGGUAUUCUCCAUAUCUACUGACAAAGAAACCAGGGAAGGAAUUCUCUCUCUGAAGAAGCCACUCAACUAUGAAAAAAAGAAAUCAUAUACACUUAAUAUAGAAGGAGCAAAUACUCACCUGGAUUUUCGCUUUUCGCACCUGGGACCAUUCAAAGAUGUAACAAUGUUGAAGGUCAUCGUUGGUGAUGUGGAUGAACCCCCUCUCUUCACCAUGCCUUCCUAUGUCAUGGAAGUUUAUGAAAAUGCAAAGAUUGGGACUCCUGUUGGCACAGUAACAGCACAUGAUCCUGAUGCUGCAAACAGUUUAGUGAGAUAUUUCAUUGAUCAUAACACAGAAGAAGAUAGGUAUUUCACCAUUGAUGCUAGUACUGGAACCAUUAAGACUGCCAAGAUCUUUGACAGAGAGGAGACACCUUGGUACAACAUCACAGUGGCUGCUUCUGAGAUAGACAACCCUGAGCUAGUGAGCCACGUUCCAGUUGGUGUUAGAAUCCUGGAUGUCAAUGACAAUCCUCCCGAGCUUGCCAGAGAUUAUGAUGUAGUCGUCUGUGAAAAUUCAAAGCCUGGUCAGGUAAUUCAGACUAUCGCUGCUACUGACAAAGAUAACUCUGCAAAUGGCGCAAGAUUUCAUUUUUCUCUUGAUGAAGGGCUUUCUUUGAAUCCCAACUUUACUCUAAGGAACAAUGAAGAUAAUACGGCCAGUAUUCUGACAAGGCGAAGGAGAUACAGUCGAACCACCCAAGAUACCUAUUACCUCCCCGUUUUGAUUUCUGAUGGCGGCGUGCCCCCUCUCAGCAGCAGCAGCACCCUCACCAUCCGGGUUUGUGCCUGUGAGAGGGACGGACGAGUGAGAACUUGCCAUGCUGAAGCUUUCCUCUCCUCGGCUGGCUUGAGCACGGGAGCUCUGAUUGCCAUCCUGCUCUGCAUUGUCAUCCUUCUUGUUUUCUCUUUAGCAAUUGUGGUCCUUUUCAUCACCCUAAGACGUAGCAAGAAGGAGCCUUUGAUCAUUUCAGAAGAAGAUGUCCGGGAAAAUGUUGUGACAUACGAUGAUGAGGGAGGUGGAGAGGAAGACACGGAAGCAUUUGACAUCACAGCACUGCGGAAUCCAUCUGCUGCUGAAGAGCUGAAAUACCGGAGGGAUGUUCGGCCUGAAGUGAAGCCUCUGUCCAGGCAUCAUCCCUCCUCAAGCCUUGACAGUAUAGACGUUCAGGAGUUCCUUAAUCAAAGACUGGCAGAGGCUGAUCUGGACCCCAGCGUGCCCCCAUAUGACUCCCUGCAGACAUAUGCCUAUGAGGGUCAUCGAUCAGAAGCUGGGUCUAUCAGCUCUCUGGAUUCAGCAACGACACACUCUGACCAGGAUUAUAAUUACCUUGGAGACUGGGGACCCGAGUUCAAGAAGCUAGCUGAACUCUAUGGGGAAAUAGAACCAGAAAGAACAACUUAGUUGUAAUUCCCGGAACAGAGAAGUUCCUAAACCACUGGACAGAUAAUGACAACAAUGGUAACAAAAAAAAAAAAGUGAAUACAGUACUUGGAACUGAGUAAGUUGUAUGCAGUUACUGUAGAACAAGUGCCCUUUUCAUAUUUGAAACUGGGUUCUCCAAUUGAAAGAAAGUCAAAUUUUGGAAAAUACAGAAAAAAGAAUCUAUUGUCCCUUGUGUAUUUUUUUUAAUUGCUCAUUAAAGUGUCUGGUACCUUAUCUGCAACAAUACCGAAAGUAAAGCCAAGAAAUGACAUUUUUAUUGCAAUAUGCAUAACAGCUCCAAGCUGCAGUAAGUUUAUGGUCAUGUCUGUUUGAGAAGAGAGCUAAAAAAGGAUCAAAUGUCUUGCAGGUGGUUGUAAUGUUGCAUUUCUAGCUGUGCUCUAGGCCUUGUGAUCCCAACAUGAGGUAGACAAUGAGGUUUACUAUCAGUGUGAGAAGUGAUACCAGUCUGUUUCCUUUACAGAGGUGAUAAGCCACACCUGUCCUCUUAAAUAAAUCGUCCUUUGAUGAUUUAAUCUUAUUGGCUUAGCAGGUUGCAUUGAGAAGCUGUCAUUUUGUAAUGUCCUUCAUAAUCUUGUCAUCCAUAACCAGCUAACAGAUGGAGGGCAUCAUUAUCUGUAUCUCAAACACAGCUCUAGCUCAUAACCCCAGACCUGCUCUGUUACUGCGUGCUGGAGGAACUGUUGUUUCCAGUGUUGUGCUUUUUCUUUUUGUCUUUUCAUGGAAACAUCAUCCAUCUAAAUGGAAUAGGCCCAAAGUACUCUUUAUGCAGCGAAGCAGAUGAAGCAUAGGCUUUUUCAAUAAAAACAACAAUGGCAGCACCAUUAAACGACAUGGCUUUUUGGUUCACUGUGCUUCACUUGUGUCAAGAGCGGAAGCUUUUUAAAUCUUUUACUGGUCUGAGUCCAGAAGCUACAGCAGUCUGUUUAAAACCCAGAGUUCUUAAUCACAAUGUUUUUCUAUUUCUGUGUGUGACUAAAAGCAAAAUAGAGCUGCUGGUAAGACAUUGGGAUAGUGAAAAUUGAAGCAAGGAGAAUAAGAUGAUGAUGCAUUUUUCUUUUAAAUUCAAUUCUACUGAUAUUUAUUUCUCUUAGAGCAUUUGCCACCUCAGCAGAACAAGAUGGUUUUUCCCUAUUUCAAGCAUCAUGGAAACAAGAGCAUUUCAAGUCAGUGAAAGAAAUAUACCAUUACUGUGGUUCCUAUGGAUUAAGUAAAUUGAUUUCUUACAUUAGUAACUUUAGAGCAUUGCAGGAAUGAUAGUUCUCCUUAACAUAGCAAGCUGCUUAACACCUAAUCCAGCAAUUAUUUUCUUUUCUUUUUUUAGCAUUGCAGCAGCAGAACUGCUAAACCGUUCUUUUUAACAUAGCAGCCUGAUUAGCACCUCAUAUAGCAGAUUUGGAUUUUUCUUUUUCUUUGUUUGGAUUUUUAACCUUUUCUUUGUCUUUCUGGUGAUAAUACUGGGUGAGGACAAGGAACUCAUAAUAUCUCAUGAGAGAUUAUGACCUAUAAUACUCACGAUCAUUAUCAACAGUCCUCUGCUCCUAAUUCUAGCUCCACUUUAGGCAAAUGGACUUCUUCCAGUAUGCAUUUGAUUGAAAAACCAUCCAGAGUAGAAGCUGUGCACUUUUUUUCUUACUCUGCAGUCUGGAGUGCAGAGUGAUGCAGAUUUGUAUGCUGUACUAGAUUCCUCCCUCUGAAUUUUAGGUGCCACGUAUAUUCAGCUUAGUAAAGAAGAGUCUAUAUUUAUUGCUGAUCUACUGUGAGCCUCACAGGUGAACUAGAUAAUUAAGCCUUCUUUUCUUUACUCUAUGGUUGGAUAGGUCCUAGACAUGACUGAAAUUUCUGAUCAGUUUACUUUGAAGAGAUUUUUUUUUCUCCUGAGAUGUAGUUGACUUCUUUUGGUUUAAGCAGCCUUCUGGGAAAAAUAGCAAGUAGCUUUGUAAGCAACUUUUACACUCUGAACAAAGUAUUAGUUGUACUGUGGUUCCAGAGUUGGUUUUUGUACGCUAUUUUGUUUAAAAUUUGUAAUUACUCUUCUUUCUUUCAGAAUCUGAACCCACAUAAAAAUUUAGUAGGGAAAAACACCUGAACCCUAAGAUAUUCUGCUGAUGAUUUGAAAGUAGUUUAAUAAUUUGUGUUAAUUUUUUAUAUGCUUUUUAUGAAAUACAGAGUCUUUUAGAAAAGCAUUUGAGGAGGCAUUCUUACUGUAGAGUGAAGUUAGAUGCAGUAAGAGUUACACACAAGCUGAGAAUGGUUGUCUUUUAUUGUCUUUUUUGGGGGUAGAACUAGGAUAUGUUUCAGUUUUGUCCCAAAUAAAGCAACUAGUAUUGUGUGAUUUUUAUUAGGAGCAAUUUUCCUUUUAUUUAAGUCACACUUGCUUUAUGCCAACAUCUAAAUUUUUACACUAUAUGAGUAGCAUGUUAAAAGCAAAAUGUUUCAGCAUUACUACUACCAUAAUACUUUGUAUCACAGCUGCAUGAAAAUUGCAUUCAUUGUUGUAUUAUAGUUUUGAGAACUGGGUAUUAGUUAUCUUUAUGUCUAUUCCCUCUGGCCCUACACCAAAGCAGGGAAAAUCAAUUGUAUUUUGUGUUUAAAGCAGUGUUUGUGCCAUUGUUUUUUUUAAUUUACAUCACAGAACAUUCAGACUUACAGGCAACAGAAGUGCAGUGACACAAGCAAAUAGUCAGUCCUUAUGCUAAUGGUCAGUUUAAGUCAACAAUAACUCAGAGAAAUAAUAUUUCCCUUUUUGCCAUUCCUGGUGCUGUCUUUGCUGCUAUACAGCACAUGCAUCACACCCCAGGAAACCUGAAUCCUUUGAAACUCUGCAGGGUUACUGAGACGCUGCUUCUGUGAUGCUGCGGUGUGUCCUGUUUGGUGCGUCCCAUCCACGGUGAUCGCCAGAUGUGCUUCUCUACCAUGAUGUGUCUGCAUGCUUGCUAUGCUUACUGUGUUGUAUUCAAAUUCACAUCACAGUGUCGUGUUGUUUGCAUGACAAGUAACAGAAUGUUAAAUCUUCAGGGCCACAGAAGAAGGCCUCACAGUGCAGAAAUAACAAGUUUACAAUUUUAUUAACCCAAUCUCUUUUUUUUUUUUUUUCCCCUUUGGUCAUUUAUAUCCUAAAACCAAAUUUAAACUAUAUUUGAGAAAUUCGCUGUUGACCUAGAUUCUAUGUUGAAGUAAAAGAAAAUUAACACUGGAUGGCACAAUCAUUAUUGUAGCAUUGCUGAUUUAAACACAGCACAUAUUCAGUGAAAGUAUUGUGGGAAACUUUUUCUCAAUUUAUGGUUGUCUGAUUAUAUUUACUAUGCUUAAAGCUUUCAUGGAUCUUUUGUGUACUCAUAUUCUCAAAUAUUUUCCUAUUAGCCUAAAUAGUAAUCCUGUUGCUGCUUAACAACUAAAUGCUGAAAACUGCCAGUUUGACUUAAACUGAAAAUACUGAGUAAAGUUAAAUGGCACAUGCAAAGUGAUACUUAAGGGCUUUUCUAUUUACAAUUUGAUUUCUACAACAACCAUUCAACUAAUAGCACAUUUCCACCAAAAUAAUUAGCUGCAUUUCUUCAAAAAAACCCUCUUUCUUGUAAUGGUGAGGGCACUCGGUAUGCUGUAAUCUUGACAAGUCAAAAUAAUAAAAAAAAUGGUCAGUAUAAGAA